UUGAAAGCAAAUUUAUUUAUUCAUGUGUCAUGGAAACAGUUAAACUGUUUUACUUGCAUGGGCUUAAGACUCUUCUGCUGGUUUGUGAUGGCGCAUCUGUAAAUUUAACAACUCUUAAGGCAACUCAUGGUCAUUUUGGAGUUUAUCCCAUUACAUGUGGUAUUACACAUACAGUUUUAUGAAAAAUGAAAUUUAAAAAUUUAUGUUUAGGUGAUGAUCAUGAACCUUUUAAAGUCAGUCCCAAAAUGCUAAAUCCUUUUGAUCCACCAAACCACAUUCAUUGGAUAAUAUGUCCUAGUCAUCAACUCAAGAAUAUGAUAAACGCACUUUUCUCUUCACAACAAAAUGGAACAAAAGAUUUUACAUUGAAAGGUGUGAAAUUUGGAUGGGAAACUAUUGUUUCACUUUAUAAGCGAGAUUGUGAGAGAGUGAGUAAGGGACUAACAAGAAUGGUACCUAAAAUGAAAGAGGCUUAUGUCAUUCGAGAUGCUUGGACAAAGUUAAAUGUUGCUCCGGCAAAAAUAAUGCAGCAAGAUCAAGUACUAAUGGAGUUGUCCAAUUAUAUUCAAGAAAACCCAAAUGCCGAUGAUGUGUGCAGUGUCAGUAUUACUCUGAAAUUCUUGGAAGCCUGUCAAAAUUUUUUUGAAAAUGGUUUGUUAUCUCAUUCAAGAGUCACUCACAUGAAAUCAGAUGUCAUAUGUUCAGUUGAAGAAGGAUACUUGUUUUUUACAAAUUGGCUCAAUGAAAUUACAAAAAAAUGGUAUUUAUAA